UUGCUGCUUAUAUAAAGCAGUUGCCAAAAAAUUGUAAUUUAGUUUUUACCUCCCAUCAAAGUGGCACAGAAAGUCGCGUGUGAAAAUCACGAAAAAUUGAAAACACAAUCGUUUUUCUGCGAGUCAUUCAUAUAUAUAAAUUUUUUAGAAAUUUCGAGAAAUUAAAAUGACCGUUACUUAUAUUUUAACAGUAUUAUCGGCGUGUUUAAUAGCUAACACCCAAGCAGCAAACUUCAAUUGCUCAGAGCCGCCAAAUCUGGGACACUUUGAUGUGCACAGUUGCUGUCGCAUGCCCGAAAUACAUUUAGGUGAGGCGCCGGCAAAGUGCAGCGCUCACAUAAAAACGCUUACCGCACAAACGAAAAGCCAGAUGGGUGGCAUGAAGAGCGAUGGUCAGGCGCAGGAUGGGAUGAAUACAGCGAACGAUAAUCAAAACAAUAACAGUCAUAGCGAAGUGGAAUAUCCAGCUUAUGCGCACAUUUGCUAUCCGGAGUGUAUUUACCGUGAGACAGGCUCUUUGGUCGAAAAUGAAUUUAAUAUGGAAAAUGUCAAGAAAUUCCUGAACAAAAGUGUCAACAAACGCGACAAGGAUAUUAUACCGCAGAUUGUGCGCUCCUUCGAGAGUUGCCUGGACAAUAUCAAGAGUCACAUGGCUGCUGUGGGUAUUAAAACAUAUGCCAAAUUGCCAAUGGGUUGCUCACCGUUAGCCAGCAUGAUGUACAGCUGUGUGAAUGCCGAGACCUUCCUGCACUGCCCCGACAAAAUGUGGAAGAACGAUGAGCACUGUAAUGUGGCGAAGAGCUUUGCGGCCCAAUGUAAUCCACUGCCGCACGUGCCGCUGCCGAUUGGCUAAAGUUCAGCUCGAGCUGUUGUUCUGGAGGACGGAGCAGAGGCGUGGAAAGGUGCUUUGAUGUCGCCACAUGUUGAGCCGUUGUAUUGCAGGAAAGGGGAGAAAACUUUAUGAAAUUAUAAAUUUAGAUUUACAAUUACUUUUUAUUAUGUACGAGUUUUGUCUUUAGGCAGUUCUCAAGUUUGUGUACAUAUUUGUGUAUGCCGACAUGUACUUAUGAAUAAAUUUUAUGGCAAAUAAAUGCAGAA